UUUAGAUCCUGCAGUGAUCACAUAUACAGGAUACAGAUCUUGAGCUGCUGUGACAUGUCCGGCUGGAAUCUAAUACACGUGUUCAUCAGCUAUGCUACACCCCACAAGAUGUAUAUGUGGUCGACUACUGGCCUCUAGGCCGUGCAACACGCACGAGCAAGUCGUUCUUCCGUUGCCCCACGUCCAAUGAAGUCCCUCUCCAAAGAGGGAACAUGUUUGAGAGGACAGAAGGCAAACAAAAACAGAGGAGAUAAAGAGGAGAAAAGCGAAAUCCCACGUGUCUUAGAUGGCCUCAACACUCAAUUUUCAUGUCCUAGAUCGUGACAAGAUUUAUGCUUUAGGAUGGUGACAAUUCGGUAAGGAAAAGUCAAGUGAGUUUUAUAGCCUAUUCCCCUACUGCCUACUGGCACCUUUAUACUAGAGUCAUAGUUAGUUUACAUACUCCCUCCGUCGUCCAUAAAUAUAUGGACUAGCUGCCUUGUUCUAAACGUCAUAUAUCUAUGGACAGAAAUCGUGCACCUUUUUAUAAUCAUAUUGCAAUAAAAUUAGGAUGUCAUUAGAGCCUUCUCAGAAAGCCUAUUUUUAUUAUACGCUAAAAAGUCCAACGGAUAGAGCCCCUAAAACACACAGGCUUGUAUAGACAGACACUCGAAAACCUCGGGAUCGAGACAUAAAUAAGAAGGUAGAGGCAGGGGUUGGAGCAGCAGCGAGCAAGACGAAGGAGAUGGCAGGCGUGGUGAUCGGGCUCGCACUCUUGCUUGCUUGCUCAUGCGCUUCAGCUAUUGAUCGCGCCCAGUUCCCUCCAAAAUUCCUGUUCGGGACUUCCACGUCGCCUUACCAGAUUGAAGGUGGGUAUUUGGAGGGUACCAAAGGCUUAAGCAAUUGGGAUAUCUUCACCCAUAAGCAAGCAGGUUUUGUUACAAAAGGUUUUAAAUGGUUUUGGGUACAAUUAAGGAUGGGACCAAUGGUGAUGCCGCUGAUGAUCACUAUCAUCGUUACAUGGAGGACAUUGAAUUGAUGCAUUCCUUGGGUGUCAACUCAUAUCGAUUUUCCAUUGCAUGGGCAAGGAUUUUACCAAAGCUGUUAAAUAAAGGUGGUGGUUGUUGGAAUUCAACUCUUCCUACAGGAGGCCGCUUCGGGCAUGUUAAUCCAAAUGGUGUAGCAUUCUACAAUGCCCUUAUCAAUGCUCUUCUACAAAGAGGCAUACAACCAUUUGUAACGAUAUGUCAUUACGACAUUCCAUAUGAACUGGACAAGCGAUAUGGUGGAUGGUUGAGCCCGGAAAUUCGGAAGGACUACAGUUACCUUGCAGACGUAUGCUUCAGGAUGUUCGGUGACCGAGUCAAGUAUUGGAUAACGUUUAAUGAGCCAAAUAUGUUCACAAAAUCCAGUUAUAUGUAUGGACGGUACCCUCCUGGUCACUGCUCUAGGCCAUAUGGGAACUGUGCUUUCGGAGAUUCUUCAACUGAGCCCUACAUAGUAGGUCACAACAUAGUAUUGUCUCAUGCAAAUGUGGUCAGCAUUUACAAGAAAAACUAUCAUGGGAAACAAGGUGGUCGUAUUGGAAUGACUGUUCUUUCAAGAUGGUACGAACCAUUCCGAAAUACCACAACAGACAUCUUAGCAGUUGAGCGGGCUCUAUCUUUUGGUGCUCCAUGGUUUCUGGACCCAAUAAUUCUACAUGUUGGUGAAAGGGGUCGCCAGGCUUCAAUUCUGUUCCAUAUGGGAUGGAAAAAACGGUCAUGUAUUUCAAAAGAAAAUAUAAUAACACACCGAUGUAUAUCACCGAAAAUGGUUAUCCUCAAGCGAGCAAUAGCAGCAUGACCGCCAAGGAUUUUACCAACGACACAGGAAGAGUUGAUUACCUUGAUGGUUACAUCACCUUUCUAGCCUCAGAAAUAAAGGAAAGGAGCUGACGUGCGUGGAUACUUCAUGUGGUCUUUUCUCGACAAUUUUGAGUGGAAUCAUGGAUACACCCUAAGAUUUGGGCUCUACCACGUCGACCUCAAGACGAAGAAGAGGACCCCGAAACUGUCGGCGAAAUGGUACAGAGAUUUCCUCAAGGGGUCGCCUCAUCUGAGAACGCGGCUUGGAGACGGACACUCGGAGCUGCACCAGUACACUGCUGCAGCCUGAUCCGCGAACCGUUUCCUCCUCGGCAGAUCAUCAGUGUGCAAAUGUUUGUCAUGCUUUUCACACACAGUUCAUGGGUUAUAAUAGCGAUGUGUGUUGUCUGGAGGAUUCUGUGUAUGUGUGUAAUGUAAGUCUGUUGUGACUUGUGACUAGUGGGACUUAUAUUAUGUGCAGUCCAGUAGGGCUGCUAAGGGCCGUUGGAUCUGGAUUUUUUUUUUAUCAGAAUUCUUUCAGAAUCAA